AUCCAAUUAGAAAAUGCAGUCUCCAAAUUAUCUUAAGGAUAGUACGUACACUCUAUCCAGUGUGCGCAAUACCCGUCUUUGGUUGAAGAAAAUGAAUCCAAAGGCUUCAAGCUUUGUACGCGCUCUUGUAUUGCUGAAUUUUCUUUUCUUCAGUUCAAUUGCAGCUAAUAAUAUUUCAAAAUCUACUACUCCACCGCCCUCUGUACCGCAGAAGGAGGGAAAAUGCCCCAAAGAUACACUCAAGUUUGGUGUUUGUGGAAGUUGGUUAGGUUUGGUCACUGAAGUCAUUGGGACUAAACCAAGUGAGAAGUGUUGCACCCUCGUAAAAGGUCUCGCAGAUCUGGAAGCAGCACUAUGUUUGUGCACAGCUAUUAAAGCCAAAGUGCUGGGAAUUGUCAAAGUCGAAAUGCCUGUUGCUGUUAGUUUACUUGUUAAUUCUUGUGGGAAGAAGGUUCCAUCUGGAUUUGACUGUGCUUAGAAGUCAGAAAUGCUGUCUCUUUUUUCUGUCUUAGUUGCUUUCAGUUAAAUUAUAUAAAAUGUAGAUGGACUUUUGUUUGGGAGUGUAACUUAGCAUGUUGAACUGAAAAUUUGAUCAAUUAUUUAUAAUUCCUUUGGGUGUUU